CCGACGGGCCUGACCUUAUCGACGCACCGGCCACGGCUUCCGGCACCCCAGGAUGGCAAGUACCAGGUGUUACUGUGUCAUGGCUUGUCGGAAUGCUGGGUGCUAGGGACCAUGUCAUUGUGUCAGGGAGGAGGACUCUGGGGGGGCCUUUGCGAACAGAAAGUAGGGACAGUGAAAAUAAAUAAAAAAACUGGGUGAAGCGCAAGAAGAGUCAUAACUGUUCUUCGCUCCCACCCUUCCCUCCACCUCCUGCUCCGUAUUUAUUCUCUCGCGACACAUCUUUCACCCCUCUGGCCUCUGAAGCUGCAGUUCAUCCCAUACACAUUCCACGUAGUACGCAAUCGCAGCUCGAGACCGCAAACAUGUGUGGCAUCUUCGCUUGUCAUCGUCAUCCCGACGUCCAGAAAUUCAAGCCAACGGCUCUGAAGCUUGCAAAGGCCAUCCGUCACCGUGGCCCCGACUGGAGCGGCAGCUUUAUCUCCAACAAGACGAUUCUGUGCCAUGAGCGUCUUAGCAUCGUCGGCGUCGAGUCCGGCGCCCAGCCCCUUACCAACGAGGAUGAGAGCAUUAUCCUCGCCGUCAACGGUGAAAUCUACAACCACCGUCUGAUCCGCAAGUCCCUGAAGCACACAUACCACUUCAAGACCGGCUCUGACUGCGAGGUCGUCAUUCCCUUGUACAUGGAAUACGGCCUCGACGCCCCGAAGCACCUCGACGGCAUGUUCUCCUUUGUUCUGUACGACAAGAAGAACGACCGCACCAUCGCCGCCCGCGACCCCAUCGGCAUUACCACCCUCUACUAUGGCUGGUCAUCAAAAGAACCUGACGCGGUUUACUUCGCCUCUGAGCUGAAGUGCCUGCACAGCGUCUGCGACAAGGUCGAGGCCUUCCCUCCCGGCCACGUCUACGACUCGUCCACCGGCAAGACCACAAGAUACUUUGAGCCUUCGUGGUGGGACCCUGCCAGAGUCCCCGAGACACCCCUCGACCUCAAGUUGAUCCGCGAGAAGUUGGAGAAGUCGGUCCGAAAGAGAUUGAUGGCCGAGGUGCCUUACGGCGUUCUUCUUUCCGGUGGUCUGGACUCUAGUCUGGUUGCCGCCAUCGCCCAAAGAGAGACUCUGCGGUUGAAGAAGGCUGCUCUCGAGGCCAACGGCGGCGCUCUCCCCAUGACGGAGAACCCCGACACUGGUGACGGCAUGGUCGGUAUCGACGACGACAACAAGCUUUCGACGGUCACAUAUUUGCCCCAGCUCAACUCUUUCUCGAUUGGUCUCCCCGGAUCGCCCGACAACAAGGCUGCCCUCGAGGUGGCUAAGUUCCUCGGCACCAAGCACCACGUCAUGACCUUCACGAUCGAGGACGGCCUCAACGCCCUGUCCGACGUCAUCUACCACCUCGAGACCUACGAUGUCACGACCAUCCGUGCCUCGACGCCGAUGUAUCUCCUCUCCCGCAAGAUCAAGGCCAUGGGCAUCAAGAUGGUGCUCAGUGGCGAAGGCAGUGACGAGAUCUUUGGUGGCUACCUCUACUUUCACGCCGCGCCUGACAAGAAGGCCUUCCACGAGGAGACUGUCCGCCGCGUCAAGAACCUCCACCUUGCCGACUGCCUGCGCGCCAACAAGUCGACGUCUGCCUGGGGUCUUGAGGCCCGUGUGCCGUUCUUGGACAAGGAGUUCCUCGAGGCGACCAUGAACAUCGACCCCCAGGAGAAGAUGAUCACCAAGGAGAAGAUGGAGAAGUACAUUCUCCGCAAGGCCUUUGACACCUCGGACGAGCCCGGUGCGGAGGCGUACCUCCCGGACAACAUUCUGUGGAGACAGAAGGAGCAGUUCUCGGACGGUGUCGGAUACGGAUGGAUCGACGCUCUCAAGGACAACGCCGAGAUCCAGGUCACGGACGAGAUGAUGAAGAACCCCAAGCCGGAGUGGGGCAGCGACAUUCCGGACACCAAGGAGGCGUACUGGUACCGUCUCAUGUUCGACGAGCACUUCCCGCCGCAUUGCGCCUCGACCGUUAUGCGCUGGACCCCCACAUGGUCCAAGCAGUCGGACCCCAGUGGCAGAGCCAUUGCCAUCCACGAGAAGAAGUACGACGAUGCCGCAUAAAGUGGUAAUUUGGAGCGAGGUACCUGUAUCCUAGCACUUUUACGUCAAUGCGGGCGGGUAAAAAAAAAGGUAGAGAGGCGUCCUGGAUUGUUGGCUUAUGUAGACCUCAACAAGUUUAGAGUCUCGAAGAAAAAAAAUGGGAUAUGGAGGAAAGUUGCAAUUACUAUACUAGUGCUGCUGUACUGAGCAUAUGGUGAUGUUGAUUCUGCCGAUAUUGUCACAGGAAUUGCGCAAAUGUCCCUGCCCUUUGGCAAUGUCCCCCCUGGUCUGGCCUGCCAGGGGUUUAUUUCUGGGGUUUUGGAAGAAAGCAGGGUCUGGCCUCUAUAGAGUCUUCCCCUCCAUAAGGGGGAGCCCGCUUUGUGGGUGAUUGCCAGGAGAGACUGCCUCGCAAUUGCGAAUGAUUGACUGGAGUGUUCUCCAUAGCGACUCAGUUGAUAGGAUGUGUAGGUAAGACAAGUGAGGUUGGUGAGGUAAAGGAAGGCAUGGGCGAAAGAAAGAAAGCAAAAGAAGGGGAAAAUAACAGGAAAGAACGGCUGCAGAGUGCUUCUGCCUCCUUCUUCAUUUGCUUUACGCAUUUCACCGGAC